UUCAAUCAAUAGUAACAACAAAUCGUCUCGUUAAAAACAGAACCGUUAUCAAAAAUACAGUGAAAAUAUGUUGUUAAGUAGUUUAAAAUGGUUUCCAGUGAAAAAGAGAAUUUUGUUUGGUGCGAAAAAUAUUUCAGCGCCAUUCUUUCCGGUACACGAAUAUUGCAUUGCAUCGAAACAACAACACGAUUACCACACAGUCCAGCAUACUACAGACACAAAACAAAGCCAUUCUAGAAACGAUAUGUCUGGGAGAUAUACUGAUGGGAUUCCACCAAGGAAAAUUCCUCGUUUUAUUAUGGGUGCCAAUCAAAUGCCAGAGUCACCUCUAUACAUGGAUCUAUCGCCACAGGUGCUUCCACCACCCCGAAGAAUGGAUUGCGGUGAGCUGAGGAUGGAACACGAUGGAAUUAUUGUUGAAAUGAAUGGCCGAGUAAAUCGUACACGACUUGGUCGAUUUGUUGAACUAAAAGAUCAAUUCGGUGUCAUUCAACUAGUUGCCCCAAUAGAGAAUCAAAAUGUCAGCAAACGUUUUGCCAAUAUGCCGGUGAAUGCCUACAUCACAAUAAUUGGCCGAGUCAAGCGAAGACCGAAUACCCUAAAGAAUUUUUCAAUGGCAACAGGUGAAGUAGAGGUACAUGUGGAUAAUAUAAUUCGAGUGCAAAAGACUUAUCGACAUGAACCACAAUUGAAUGGAUUUGUUUCUAAAAGGCACUAUUCAACCUCAGUCGCUACGCAUGAGAGUAUAUCGUCAGAAAAGCUAACUGCGAUAACAAGUACCGAAUGUAAACAUGUGAAUAAUGCCGAAAAUUUGGUUCAAUGGUUCAUAAAUCGAAAGCAUACAUGCGGAAGUUUACGUAUAUCCGAUGCUGGGAAAAAAGUCUCGCUCGUUGGUUGGACAGAUAAAAAGAAUUCAAAAUUCAUGCACUUAACCGAUGGUUACGGUAGUAUGCAAAUACUCAUUGAAAACGAUGAAUUAAGAGCCAUUGCAAAUGGAGUGAAUGUCAGUGAUUUGUUGUUGAUUGAAGGAAGAGUAUUGGCUCGACCACAAACGCACAUCACUCACAAUAGUCCAACCGGUGAAAUUGAACUGUAUGCAGAGAAAAUGGAGAUUUUAAAUUCAAAUACACCAUAUUUCGAUUUGGAUGACAAGAAGACUGAAGCCAUUCCUGUGAAUCUAACGAAUGUCAAUGAAUACACGUAUAGAAGUCACAAUUGCGGUGAAUUAAGAGAAUCGGACGUUGGAAAGGAGGUCACACUAUGCGGUUGGCUCGAAUUUUCACGUAUGAAUAAAUUUUUUACAUUACGCGAUGGAUAUGGUCAUACACAGAUUAUAAUACCAAAUAAAUUGAUGGACAUCCAAUCAGUGAAUUUUGAAACAAUUUUAAAAGUGAAGGGAAAAGUUAUACCUCGACCACCGAAAAUGAGAAAUCCAGAUAUGAAAACUGGCGAUAUAGAAGUCGAAUUGAUUUCAUGUGAUGUAUUAAACAAGUCUAUACCAAAUUUGCCAUUUGUAGUACGUUCGCUGCAUCGACCAAAUGAAGUGAAUCGAAUGAAAUAUCGAUACAUUGAUUUAAGGUUUGAAGAUAUGCAACGAAAUCUUCGACUUCGUUCGAAUGUUGUAAUGAAAAUGAGAGAAUAUUUAAUUAAUGCAGCUGGUUUUGUUGAAGUUGAAACACCAACACUAUUUCGUCGAACACCAGGCGGUGCCCAAGAGUUCGUUGUUCCCUCUCAAAGUCCGGGAGAGUUCUAUUCAUUGGUGCAAAGUCCACAGCAAUUCAAACAAAUGCUCAUGGCUGGUGCCAUCGAUCGAUAUUUUCAAAUUGCCCGAUGCUAUCGAGAUGAAAGCACAUCUGUAAAUCGGCAACCGGAAUUCACUCAAUUGGAUAUUGAGCUGUCAUUUACACAACCAGAAUCAGUAAUCAAACUAAUCGAGAAUGUCUUAUCAAAUUCUUGGCCAAAAAAUCUACCGAAAAUACCAACAACAUUUGAACAAAUGACAUAUGAACAUGCAAUGGAAACAUAUGGAUCUGACAAACCUGAUACACGGUCAACAGAGUUUUUGUUAAAGAAUGUCACGCAUUUGGUGAAACCAAAAGAAAACAGCAGUAAGUUGAAUAGUGCCUAUGCGAUUGUAUUACCAAAAGAAGUUGCUGAACCAUUUAAAAAUGCUUAUGAAUCGAUCUUGACGCAACGUAGGGUGCAGGUUAAAAACAUUGAGUUUAUUCAACUGAAAAAUGAUGAGCACCUCGAAGAGACGAUUAAGAAAGUGAAUAUUUCAGUUUCACCAGCUAUUACAGAGGAGUUGAAAGUAAAUCCUGACGAUGUGAUAGUCGUGGCCUUUGGAAAUAAAUUGAAUGUGCAAGAAGCAUUGGGAAAAAUUCGAUUGGAAUUGAUCGAGAAAAUUGUUGAAGCCAAGGGCCAAUUGAGAGAUGAUGAUGUUUUUAAAUUUCUAUGGGUAGUUGAUUUUCCUUUGUUUCUGCGGAACGAUGAAUCCGGCCAACUUGAAACGGCACAUCAUCCAUUUACCGCACCGCACGCAGACGAUUUACAUUUGUUGGAGUCUCGGGAAACAAUGGAACAGUGCCGAUCGUUGGCGUAUGAUUUAGUUCUGAAUGGCCAAGAGAUUGGAGGUGGUUCGAUUCGCAUACACAACGCCGAUUUACAACGAAAGAUUUUGAAUGAUAUCUUGAAAUUGAAUUCGGAUCAUUUAAUGCAUCUGAUUGAAGCAUUAGAAUCGGGGUGUCCUCCUCAUGGUGGAAUAGCCCUAGGAAUUGAUCGUCUGAUAUCGAUCAUGUGUAAAACUAAUUCAAUUCGUGAUGUCAUUGCAUUCCCAAAGAGUUCCGGAGGAAAAGAUUUAUUGUCACAUGCGCCGUGCAAAAUAUCAGACGAAGAAUUACAACUAUAUCAUUUGAAUAUAAGAAAAUAAUGUGUUAUAAAACACUCAAUUUAGUCGUAGAUCAUUUUGAAUGAGAAAAUAGCAAUAAUUUUAAUAAGAUUAUAAUGACGCAAGAUUUUAUUGAAUAAAAAUUAAAAAUCACGAAGUAUA